AUGUCUCCGAUUACGAACAUGUUCUUGCUUCUGCUUCUCCAUAUGUUCAUCUUCUUCUUUCCCAUGGUUGUUGUUUCAUACCCGAUCAGUGAAGAGCUCAGCUUCAACGGCUCCUUAUAUACAGAUAAAGCUGUGAAUCUAAAUCCAGACGGCUUAUUCAAAAUAACAGUUUCAAAGACACAAGGAGGAACUGACCAAGAUCUCCACAAGUUCCCUGUCCGUUUCAAGAACUCAGAAAACGGCACCGUUUCAUCCUUCUCCACCACUUUCGUUUUCGCUAUCGUUGCAGUCAAGAAAACAGUCACCGGUUGUGGACUUUCCUUCAACAUCUCACCUCCAAGAAGUGAAACAAACAUGGACUCCUCCUCCAACAACCCUGCUCUAUCAGUUGAUUUUCACACCGCUAAACCACUCGGUAAAGAUUUGGACAUAGUUGGCAUCGACUUGGACAACUCGGUGUCGGAGAAAUAUAACUCGGCCGGUUAUUACAAAGAUGAUGGUAGUUUCAAUAACUUAUCUAUCGCAAGUGGUGAACCAAUACAGGUUUGGAUUGAGUAUGACAACUCAACUAAAGAACUUAAUGUCUCUAUGCAUCCUCUUCAUGUCUCCAAGUCCAAGAUUCCUCUGCUAUCUUUGAAACCAGAUCUUUCUCUAUUGUUUGACGAGUUUAUGUACAUUGGCUUCACCUCAGUGGGAACAGAAACUUCCUCUCACUACAUACUCGGCUGGAAUUUCAACAAGAACGGGCCAGCUCAAGAUAUUGAUCCAUUUGGUCUUCCUGAAGUCCCUAAUGAGUAUCGAGAUCGGUCUAUGAAUUCCAAGAUCUUGGCGAUUAGUUUGAGUAUCUCAGGAUUUACUCUAGUCACCGUCUUGGUUUUUGGAGUUUUAUUCUUCUUGAAGAGGAAGAAGUUCUUGGAAGUUAUUGAAGACUGGGAGGUGCAGUUUGGUCCUCAUAGAUUUACUUACAAAGAUCUCUUCAUCGCCACGAAAGGUUUCAAGAACAGCGAGGUUCUUGGUAAAGGAGGUUUUGGCAAAGUCUUCAAAGGGAUCUUACCGUUGUCUAGUAUACCGAUCGCGGUGAAGAAGAUUUCUCAUGAUUCAAAACAAGGAAUGAGAGAGUUUUUGGCUGAGAUUGCUACUAUUGGGAGGCUUAGGCAUCCAGAUUUAGUGCGUCUUCUUGGAUAUUGCAGACGCAAAGGCGAAUUGUAUUUGGUGUAUGACUUUAUGCCAAAAGGAAGCCUUGAUAAGUUUCUUUAUCAUCGACCAGAUCAAGUUCUUGAUUGGUCACAGAGAUUCAAGAUCAUCAAAGACGUGGCUUCUGGACUAUGUUACUUGCAUCAGCAGUGGGUGCAAGUGAUUAUCCAUAGAGAUAUCAAGCCAGCUAACAUUCUUCUUGAUGAAAAUAUGAACGCGAAGCUCGGUGAUUUUGGACUUGCAAAGCUAUGUGACCAUGGGAUUGAUUCUCAAACCACCAAUGUAGCAGGUACGUUUGGAUAUAUAUCACCGGAGCUUUCAAGAACAGGGAAAUCAAGCACAAGCUCUGAUGUUUUUGCAUUCGGAGUGUUCAUGUUGGAGAUAACUUGCGGAAGAAAACCCAUAGAGCCACGACGAUCACCGAACGAGAUGGUUUUGACUGAUUGGGUACUAGACCGUUGGGACAGUGGAGAGAUUUUGCAAGUGGUUUAUGAAAACCUAGGGCACAAGUAUCUUGCGGAACAAGUAACCAUGGUUUUGAAACUGGGAUUGCUUUGCUCGCAUCCAGUGGCAGCCACUAGGCCAAGCAUGUCAAGCGUAAUCCAUUUCUUAGACGGUGUAGCCACUCUUCCUCAUAACUUGUUCGACCUUGUGAAUGCUCGGAAAAUCGAUGGAGGCUUUGAUGGUUUAGGUGAAGCAAUUGAGUCUCCGAGUAACGUUUCUUAUUCGAUGAUGACGGAAUCUUUUGUCUCUGGUGGACGUUAA